AUGAUUGGCUUCCGUCACGUCGCCGUUGGGAUUGGAUCUCCAGAAUGUUUUAAGGUCAAAUAUCACCGCACAGUCGUCGACUGUGCAUGCCUCAUCUUUCCUUAUAUUUUCUACAUCAAGCUUUUCAUGAACAAUAGACCAGAGAUUACCAAGAUGCCCAAGAACCUAUUAGGCGCGAUAUUCCUUAUCGUGCUGGUGACACCUGCGCUUUCCGUUGUGAUGAGCCAGGCAAACCCAGGGAGAAAUGUCAAGUUGACGAUGGCAGCAGACAUCAACCAGACGAUCACGCUAUCCAUCGCCUUAACAAUGAGCAAUUUGGACCGAUUAGAGGACAAAUUGAAGGCCGUAUCGACCCCAGGAAGCCUGGACUACGGAAAAUACCUCGAUAAGGACGAGAUCGAUGCCCUCUUCUUACCCUCCGCAAACGCAUCUGCUGCUGUGGUGAACUGGUUACAAAGUAACGGUGUCGAGCAUAUCUCACAACAAGGCUCAAACGUCAAUUUUGCGACUACAGUUGCUAAGGCAAACAGCCUCCUGAGUACCAGGUUCGCUUAUUACGACGUCGCCGGCGUUCAGAAGUUACGGACCAAGCAAUACUCUGUACCGGACGAGGUGGCCAACCAUAUUCACUUAAUCCACCCUACCACAUACUUCGGCACGACCAAGCCCUCCAAAAUAUCGGAGAGCUUAGUUCCAGUCGCUCCACGAGCCACCAACGCGACAAGCAACUGCUCCGCAUUGGUCACGCCGGACUGCUUUCGCAGCGCCUAUGGUAUCGAGGGUUACACUCCUGACCCGAAUAGUGGCAGCCGCGUUUCUUUUGGUAGUUUUAUCAAUCAGUCUGCCCGCUUAGAGGAUCUCCACCUGUUUCAACAGGCAUACGGCAUUCCAUUAUCAAACUUUACAGUGGAGUUAAUAAACGGCGGUAAGGAUACCCAGGAUGUUAACGGUUCCUAUAGCGAAGGCAACUUGGAUGCGCAGAUCCUUAACGCGGUUUCAUACCCACUUCCAGAGCACGAAUUUAUCACAGGAGGGAGUCCGCCAUUUGUACCCGGUCCUGUUAUGCCCGAUGCAGCACAUAAUACUAACGAGCCUUACUUGGAAUUUUACGAAUACUUGCUUAAGAAAACCAACGAUGAGCUCCCGCAGGUUAUCUCAAACUCCUACGGCGAUGGAGAGGGAACUGUUCCGCCUGAUUAUGCUAAGCGUGUGUGUGACAUGAUUGGCAUAAUGGGCUUGCGAGGCAUCUCGAUCCUUCAGUCUUCUGGUGAUAGUGGACCAGGUGCCUCGUGCGUAGCGAACGAUGGCAAGAACCAUACCGAGUUCCAACCUCUCUUUCCGGCCAGCUGUCCUUAUAUCACGGCUGUUGGCGGGACGCAAUCCUGGGCCCCUGAAGUCGGAUGGAUUGGGAGCGGCGGUGGUUUCAGCAACUACUUCGCCCAGGGUUGGUAUCAAGCCGAUGCUGUGAACUUUUAUCUCGAAAACGGCAUCGACUUGGAGGCGAAAGAGUACUACACGGCCGGUGGUUUUACCAACUUCUCGAAGAGGGCCAUCCCUGACAUCGCGGCUCAUAGUUGGGAUCCUGGCUUCGCAUACUACUAUAACAACACGCAGGGGUUGGCAGGUGGAACAUCGGCGUCGACGCCAAUCGUUGCUGGGGUAAUCGGUCUGUUAAAUGAUGCUCGGCUCCGGGCUGGUAAGCCGACCAUGGGAUUUCUUAAUCCCUUCAUCUACAGUCUAAAAUAUGGCCCUGUUACCGACGUAAUCUACGGUGGCUCGGAGGGCUGCACUGGAAAGAAUCCGUUCACCGGCGAGGUGCGCGGAGGUCCCGGGGCCAUCAUUCCGUACGCGACCUGGAAUAACACCUUAGACUGGGACCCAGUGACUGGCAAGGGCAUACCCAACUUCCAAGAAAUGGUCAAGGCGGCGUUGGCUAUUAUAUAG